AUGGCCGAUGAAAAGCCCAAGGAAAGAAUCAAGACGGAGAACAAUGAUUGUAUUAAUUUGAAGGUGGCAGGGCAGGAUGGUUCCGUGGUGCAGUUUAAUAUUAACAGGCAUACACCAUUUAGUAAAAUAAUGAAAGCCUACUGUGAACGACAGGGUUUGUCAAUGAGGCAGAUCAGGUUCCGAUUUGAUGGGCAGCCAAUCAAUGAAACAGACACACCUGCACAGUUGGAGGUGUAGGAUGAAGAUGCAAUUGAUGUGUUCCAACAGCAGACAGGAGGUGUCUACUAAAGAGGGAACCUGCUACUUUACUCCAGAAUUCUGUUCCUCCAGACCAAGAAGAUGUUCUCAAUCAGAAAACCGCAAUUUGGUUCCACCACAUCCUGACUAUUACAGUAUAGUUUCUCUAUUCUUUCAUUUUCCCCUUCCCCAUUCCUUUAUCGUACAUAAAGUAACUGGUGUAUGUGCACAAGCAUAUUGCAUUUUUUUUUUAAACUAAAUGGCCAAUGGUAUGUUUUGAUCGACAUCAAAU